GGUAUUUGUUGUGUUUAUGAUGUCAUUGUUGUGUGUGAGGUAGAUCCACUUAUGCUUAUAAUGAGGGCUACACCCACCAAAGGGGACAGAAAUGGAACCAUUUAUUUAAAGGUGACUUCAUGAUCGAACUAAAAAAAUUGUAACCACGACCUCAUUUCUUGCCUAAUAGAUCUUCUUUUUCUCUUUGUUAAACUGGUUUAUAAUAAUUAUUACAGCCAAAAAAUACCUUUUUUUUAUUAAAUUAGCCUGUUUAAUACAGAAAGAGGGCAUGCACCUAUAUAGGAGGCUACAAUAAAUUGAUUACCAUUACUCAAAAAGCAAAUAAGUGAAGAAGUGAAUAAUUUUUUGUGCCUCAAAUGUGGCACUUAUUCAAGGGUGCAGCCCAGUUGUCAGAAAGUUUUGAAGUAGACGACUGAGUUGUCAAAGUAAGCGGCCAGUCCAGGGAUAUUUUCUUUAAAAAAUGCAAUCUGUAAAGAAAUGCCAAACAGAGUAGCCAGCUGAUACUAACCAAGUAGGUGGCAAUUUUUGCCGGCAGCUGGUUACUUGGCUGUCACUUAUUUUAGGGAUGCAUUUUUUUGAAAGUUGGACACCACGAAGAAUUGUUUUAACUGGGAUAUUAGUAUGUUCCAUAUCACGCUAACAGAAAUAACUUCUUUUGAUUUUGAUUAUAUCGGGGCGGCGGUGCUUAUUCUGGGACAGCACUUAACUCUUUUGUCCCAAAUGCAGUGCUUAUUUGAGGGCAGUACAUAAUCAGGGGUGGUGUUUAUUUGGAAUAAAUAUGGUUUGGUGUUAAUAUCAAUGUUGAUUAAAAUUCUGACUUGUACAUUCUGACUGUAGGAGAAAAAGGCAGCCACUACAUGGCUGAAAGGCCUGAUUUUUAGACAAGUGGCUUUACUAGUCACUGGUAUCCUCCUUCUGCUAUGUCGAUGGCAAGUCAUGGGUUCUUCACCUCCAGUGUUCCAGGUCGUUGAUAAUCCGACAUCAUUUGAGAAGUCUCUUAUUAUGAGAGUGAGUACAGAAGAAUGCAUUCAGAAUAACAUUUACUGGAUGAAUCUUCAGUUAAUAUAUCUUCAGUUUAUUUAUUUUUGUUGCAGAAACUCAUUUUGCCAAAUUUUGAUUAUAGCACAGUUAUGAAAAUAUAAAUUAAGGCAUUAAUCCUUUUGACCUACAUCCCUCUUAAAUACAUAGGUCAGAGAGAUACAAAUUUACUGGUUUAAUUUCAUUAGUUUGGUGACUCAUUAGUUCACUAAUGUUAUUGUAAUUACAUUUAAGUGAAUCAACUGCAAUGGCUGUUUUAUUUUUCCACACACAGAUAAUUAAUUAUAACUAUCUCUAUGCCAUUAAUGCCUGGCUUCUCCUGUACCUCAAUGGCUUUGUUUUGAUUGGUCAAUGGGUUGUGUGCCAAUAAUCAACACGUAUAGUGAUCCACGUAUACUCUGCAUUGUUGCCCUGUGGACUGUGCUUCUCCUGCUUCUUGCAUACUGUUUAUGUGGGAGGAAUUUGCAAAUAAAACGGUAAGGUUCUUUUAGGGGCUAUUCACAGAAUACUUUACUGAUUAUGUUUUUAAAAUGAGUCCGUCCCAUCUAAAUAACUUUAUUACUCUGUAUUAUUAUUGUGUUUACUUAAUGAUACAAAGAUGAAAUUUCAUUCCUACACAAGCCAUUCUGGAAUGAGUUCAUUCCAGUUUUCAAUACAAAUUUAGUUCAUGUGGUGUGAUAUUUCAUUCUGGCAUUGUAUAAACUGAAUACAAACUUUGUUCUGAUUAGAAAUUUAAUAGCAGACCAUGUAGUUGCAAUGGGCCACCAGCACAUAUGUAUCACUUUCAAGUUUAUCUGGCACAAACACCAAGGGAGGGAGAAUGCCUUAAUUAACCUGAGCCAGUCAAUUUUCUGAUGUGAAUGCAAAGUGAAUUCUUGGACCAAUAUAAUAUCAACAUCUUGUUUUUUACUCAACUGUUCAACUUGUAGCUAUAGGUUGUUAUAAGUUUCACAUGCAUUUACUUAACAGUACUUUGGUCCUGUGGUUCUUGCUUUGUUCCUCUAAGCAGUAAUUGUCUAUGUGUUGGAAUAAUAGGCCUCCCAAGCAGACGUUCUUUUGGCUCGUGAUGCAGUCCUGAUCCCCAACAGUCAUGGGGCCCCGUCUGAACUAUCAAUGUGUGUGGGAGAGAUGGAAAAAUAAAGUGGUCUAUUAAAUUCUACAAACAAGAUCAUAGCAACUUCAAAUAAUACAGUCUUGCAAGAAUCAAUUUUCUGUGCUUGAUAACAGCAUGUACAUCUGCGACAUUGCGUUUACAGUUCAUUGCAUUAGCAUGAACAUUAAUGAUAGCCUUUUGAUUCAUCUGGAUCUGUUGUGUUUGACAAGAGAGAUUAUCUUCUUUUUUUCAGGAAUCUAACCAUGGGGCUUGCUCUCCUUAUUGUUCCAUUCCUUCCAGCGUCAAAUAUCUUCUUUACAGUUGGUUUUGUUGUAGCUGAAAGGGUGCUGUAUCUCUCCAGUAUUGGAUCCUGUCUGAUCACUGUUCUUGGAUUUGCCGCACUAAGCAAGAAAUACUUUGGAAAAAAGGUGAGCAGAAUGAUGUAUACCAGCGUAUAUUCACUUGCCACUCUUCAAAGACGUGUAAUAUGCUGGUUUAAAAUUAAGACUGCUUACAUGUACAUGUAUGUUAUUUAGGUGCCAUGCUGUUUUUAGCAAUUUGACUUGACCUUGUUGGAGGAAGUGAUUGUUUUUCUGCAGGGGAAACACUCCAUUAGGCAGAUUAUGGGUAGUAUUUAUCCUCUGAAUUACACUCAACAGAAGAGGAGCAAUAGGAAGGGAAGUGCCUAAGAGGCUGGUGGAGCCAAGAACUGCAGCUGAGUGUACCUUGUAACCAUGACAACCCUGUCAAGGGUAUCCACCCAGGCACCAUCACAUUGCUUACUGAUACAUGGAUUAACCCCUUAAGUCCCAAUAGUGACCAACAUCAAUUUUCCCCUAACGAUAUCCAUACGUUGUCAAGAGAAAUGGUUACAAGAAUUAAUGAAAUGAUCACCAAAGAGAAAAUGCUUUGAUCUUUUAUUAAACUCUCUCAACUUAUCUCUAAGGAAAUGUAUGAAAAUCAGUGUGGAAAAUUUGUAUGUGGAUAUUGGGGCUUAAAUGGUUAAAGGGUGGGCUGGGUACAGUAGGUAAACCGAGGACACCGAAACCUUCACCAGCAUAAGCAGUGUAUAAAAAUAUACAUGUGUCAGACCCACAGGGCACAGACGAGUUAUUUGUGACCUCAAUAAUAUUGUUGAUUGUAGUUAAAUUUUACAGUUGAUAGCGCACAUUAAUUGCCUUUGUCUUUAUACUGUGUAAUCAAGCAAACCGUCAUGUGAUCGUCUUACAAACCCGGUAAAAUAUUAUCCAAUGCUCCGGAAAACCACUGAAGGUAAUGACUGUGCACGAAUAAUAGCAGCUACACCGUAUGAUAUAAGAAAGAGACAAAUAGCUACUCUGCGCCCUGUGUAACACCCUGACAAGAAUUAAUUUGAUAUUUUCUGCUGCCCUACACCUGUAUAGGUAUUAGGAUUUACUGUUGGUGCACUGAUAGCUUUGUACAUGGCUCGAACAGUACAGGUAAGAAAAAUGACCCUUCAGCUAGUAGAGCCUCAGAUAAUCAUAUCCAAGGGGUGCCUGGAAUUAAGCCUGAUGUUAGAGUGAGGGUGUAUUAAAUUGCAUUGCAGUCUCUCUUUCAUCCAUGUUUUUACCAUCUAUUUCACCAUGUUAUAUAUCUGUACCAAGUUAUUACGUGCUCUACUUUGCUUCCUGUGCAGACGUUUCCAGGUUAGGUAACAGACUUGAGCCAAAUUCCUAAGAACGUCUCAAUAGGGGCCAAUUCUUGCCCUGCUUUAUAGAAACAACCGUUAGAUGUGAUGUAGAUUUCUUGGACUUUAACUCUUGGUCAUAUCCUUUUCCCCUCUGAUACUACUAUAAUACAGGCACCCCCCUGUCAAUAGAUACUGAGCUCAGGGUUCUCAUUAAGUUUUGAAGUAGACAGCUAGGAUGUAAAUGUAGAUGGCGUAGCAAUCAAGUUCUGUAGGUAAUUUCAAGCUUUCAAUCCUUCCUUUUACCCCUUUUCCCCAAAAAGGACAUGGCUCAAACCUCAAAAUAGUGGGUUUUUAAGCCAGUUGCCAGCACUUAAAGAGAACCCUGUGUGCUUAAAAAAUAUGAGCUUCUCCAUAAUACAGACACAUUGAUUUGUCCCUCUGGUGUUCGCCUGAAAACGUUCUUGGAGUUGUGGCUGUUUUUAUAUUGCCUUCUUCCUUUUUUCAGAGAUCCGCAGAGUGGGUUGAUGAAGACACUUUAUUCACUUCUGGACUCACUGUUUGUCCACUCAAUGCCAAGGUAAAUGAAAUGGCUGAAGGGAUGUUCUCUCGGUCAUGAUUGCAGCUAAACCUACAUGUGCAACUAGGUAUGUGCUGCCCUAAAGGGUAUGGUUUUUGCGCCUUUUUGGUCUGAAAACGCGUAUUCACUUUGCCCAUUUUGGUCUGGAAUCGGGUAUGGUCUCGAGAGAACUGGGGGAGUGUAUGAACGUAUUUAUCGUUUCAAUUCUAAAUAAGAAAGAAAGAAAAAUAUGCGAAUUCGAAAUGGAUUUAAAGAAUUUUUUGUUUACGCUCUAAUCUAAGUAGUGAUGACAUAAUUUUCUGCCUAAAGGACAGGUCUGAAAACGGGUGUGGAAAAUGACAUUUUUUGGUCUGAAAUAGGAUCAGGAUUUGGGAAACCGGGUGGCACACCCCCACCAAGAAUUCCCAGGGUACCCCCCCUCCCCCGGGUAAGUAGUGACCUCCGCCAGAAAAAGGAGGUUUGUCAGGGUGGAUACUGUCGGACCCUGUUGUGUCAGGACAAAAGGUCAAUCCUGUGCUAAAAUCUUUACUUAGGGCUGUUUCCCAUACACAAAAUGCUAAUCUUAAAAUUAUGACGAGGCACAAACCAUGGUAAUUUCUUUUGGGUGAUUUUCGCAGGCAUGUCAUUAAAACUUGAAAACAGACGACAGGAAACGGCUUUCAUGCCUUAAUGUAGUCUUAAACAACAAAACGGGACCUAGUUAAUUUUGGAAUUCAAUUGAUGCGAAAAACGUUUCUUAGCUUUUUUUCAAAAAGAAUAGAAAAUAGCAUGAACUAACCCAUGUUCCCUGUAACCACCUAUUCCUGGCAUUUUUACUUCGUUGCGUAUGGGAGAUUUCACUGUUGUUCUUUUGGACCUUAGUUUACUUAUGAUCAAUUUUGUCCCGUCAACAGGUUCACUACAACAUUGGCAAGCUGAGAGCUGAAAAAGGACAGGCAGUGAUUGCUGACAAGUUUUAUAGAGAAGCAAUCAGGUACCGUGUACAACUGAUAAACACUCAUUGUACUGGUUUAUUUCUUGAUAAUUGACGUCUAGUGAAAUGAUCUUUCUUCCCUGUACUUAAAUGAAGUUUCCUUUGAGUGGUUUUAACAAUAAAAAAAUAGCCUGCAGUUUUAUCCAAGCAUGAAAAGGUUUUGGGAACGGCCCUUGCCUGCGGAAGUUCCACAGGUAAUGUUUUAAAGAAAUAUUUAUUUCAGGCUGGACAUAUCCUAACGUACCGCAUAGAAUUGUCCAAAUACACAGGAUGUACUGUGAUUGAUUCUUGGAAGAGCUCGUUUUUCUUUUCCUUUCUUUUUGUUUUGUUUUGUUUGCAUUUUUUUUUCUCUACCCUAAUGGCUUUUUUCCAUUAAUUUCAUCCCUUGCUGCGCGAGGUUAUGCUAUUCGCGUAUUUCUAGUAAAUUUUUGUUGUUCUAAAGUAUGCAAGUUCUACGACAAUUAAUCACUACCUUCAACAGUGCAUGUCUGAAAAAAAAAGACUAGAAUGAUAUCAACUGAUUUUAAUUCCCUUAAAUGGCAGGUUAAACCCAACAUACGAUCAAGCUUUAAACAAUUUGGGAAACCUUAUCAAAGUAUGACGUCCUUGUACAGAAUGUUACAUAUAUUUUAUUUUUGACGCACAUGAGACAUUCAAUAACGGAGAGGCAGUAAACAUGUGAAUACUCCAAAAUAUGCGUACUUAGUUUUUGUGGCACUGAACAUUUUAAUAAAGAUUCCUUUCAAAAAUGAUCCUCUGACGAGAAGCAAGAUCACACCGAGCUCAUAUUUGUCAUUGUAAUGAUCGCUAAAAAGACCCCAUGGCGGACUUUUGCAUCGCAGUUCAAGUCAAUCGUAGGUGACUAUAGAAUAAAUUUUUUGGGAUACAAACCCUGCAAAAAUAAUUGAUUCUCUUGGUUUUUGAAUUUUUGGCCCCUUCCUAUUCGACCAAAAUGAAAUGAGAAGAAACGGAUGGAAAACUCAUCUAAAACCCGAAAAGCUACAAAUUUUCGAAGGCGAUCGACUUAUGUCAUUUUUUAAAAAGUUUUGUCAGGACUUCAACGGGAUUUGAAUCCGUGACCUUGCGAUACUGGUGCGAUGUUCUAACCAACUGGAGCUGGUCAAUUGUGUGUUCAAGAGAUGAAUGUGAUAGAUGUGUAUGAAAUAAAUCAUAUAAGAACUGCGAAAAUGAAAUCAAAUGAAGAGUGAUCCUCGCAGUUGUGACCGCAAUUUAUGCAAUUGCGUAAGAAGCCUGAAAAAAAUUCAGGACUUUUGGAACUUUGUAGAGCGCUCCAUAAUAAUCACGGUUUACUCGCGUUGCAUUUAGGAGAAAAAGGCUAUUUCUUGAAUUUAUUUUUUGGUUUUGCAAGACUGUCUGAAGUUGUAAUUUAUUAGUAGAUUUAAAAUCGGUUCGUUUUAAAAUUUUAGUGUAAAAGAAAUGUUUUUUUUUUAAGGAUGAUGGAAGAUACCUAGAAGCUGAAGCACUGCUAGAAAAAGCUGUAGAAAUAAGGUUAGUCUUUUUGCAAUAUUUUACUUAAGCGUUUUUCUCUCUAAUUUGAAGUCAUUUGAAGUUGUAAACGCAUUAGUGACCUUAACAUUUGUACUAACGGGGGAGGACAGGGGUUGGGAGAAUUAGGGGGCAGAAGGGGUACGAGAGGCGGGAGAGGAAAGAGUGGAAAGUGUGAGUUCUAGAGGGCGGGGAGGGGAAAAUAUGGGGAAAUUAUGCAACAAUACUCAAUAUUUCCUAAUCGAAAAAAGAGCUGGUGGGAGAAAGCCAAGAAAAAAAGUGGGGUGUGAGAUAACUUAUUAACGCAGCCAUUCUUGUGUACAGGAAUAACUUUGCGGCGGGCUGGAUGAACUUAGGCACCGUAAAGGCAGCAUUGCAUAAAGAAGAUGUGAGUUUGAUAGCUUUAUUCAUGUUUCCACAAAUGAUUGAUUACGAUUUGACCUUCCAGCGAGCUUUGUUUUUCUGUGUAACAACCGGAGAGCGGCCAGGCGAGCAGGUGGUGGUGAGCCAAUCUGGCAGAGAGUGAAUUAAGGGUAUACUCAAAUAGAACUUGUGCCUCGUCUUGUGCCAGUUUUUCCUAUUUCUUUCCUUUGAUUCUCUCUGCACGAUUAUUUCUUCCGCACAAUUUCGAACUCUCUGAUCCUACAAAAUUUGUUUCUUAGGAAGCCGAAAAAUGCUACAGCAACGCUAUAAAAUACAGACCAAGAUAUCCAGACGCUUUUUUCAACCUUGGAAAUCUGGUAAGAAAAAAAGGUCAAUAGUUUUUAAACGUUCAAAAUGCGUAGUGCAAGCAGUGCAGAUACAAUGAUCCUUUUACGUGAACCCUGGAUAGUUUCCCAUUCAUUGCUUUUUCAUGCGUAUUUAUACUGACCUUAAAAUCUUCUCCUCCAGUACAUCGAUCAAGACAAAACUGUAAAAGACAUUGCCGCAUUUAAAACAGCCAUCAAUUUAAAAAACGAUCAUGUGGGUGCCUGGAUGAAUCAUGCUCUGCUCUUAGAAAAGUCAGGUAAAUGUCUGCAAGGGGCCUUUUAACGGGUGGGGAGCAAGGAUUUUACGGCAACUGAGCGAUUUUUUGUGCUGAUUGGUCGAGAGCCAUGGUCGAUAACCGUCGAUAACGGACGGACCAUCAGAAUAAUUAUGGGGUUGGGGAGAGUGGAUGGGAAAUUUUCGAGCCACAUCAAUUUUUUUUCGUGAACAUUUCCCUUUGCUUGAAUUUUUUUUAGGCCAGUGCGGGAAUAUUUUUUGGGAGUACUCGGCCCGCAUGAAUUUUUUCAUAAGAUUUUCCCUGGCACAAAUAUAUUUUUAUGAUGCUUCACCAACCCCCCUUAAUAACUUUUCUAAUGGUGGGACGUCAUGGAAAUUACGUGACGGUGGCGCAAUUUGUUUUUCUCUUUCUCUUGCGCGCAAUUUGUGGAGAAUUAUUUAACGAGUGGACUUCAAAGACUCUUAAUGUUAUUGUACAAGACGAAUCGACAAUAAAUUUCCGUGGUCCAUACUCUUAUCGAUCACAGAAAUGACGCGAAAACCUUCAAAAAUUGGCAGUGAAAUCAUUUGCGUGAUGAUCGUGGUAUCACUUCAGUGCCGACCAUGAAAAUUUUUUUCGAUUUGUAUAAGGGAAGGGAGAAAAGAACUCACUUUUUUCGGAAAGCGAAAAAGAACUCAAGCAAACGUUUUCCUAGCGUAGGAGUAAAGAUUCAGCUUAGUUCAUGUUGGUUAGUGCCAGACCUUCUAUGCUAGAGGUCCUGAGUUCGAUUCCCAUUUAUGACUUCCGAUCCUUGUUUGACUUCUGUCCUCUCCGUGCAGGAACUGAAAUACCCGUAAAACUAAACGGAACACUGGUGUAGAGAGAGAGAGAGAGAGAGAGGUGUGGGAGGGAGGAAGCAACUGACAUAAAUUUUGGACCCAUUAAUCAGGGGCACCCAACGCGAAUAUAGUUCAAAACCACUUAAACAUAGCAUUGUUAAACGUAUUUUAGUAUUUAAAUGGCAGAUAUAGGCAUAUUUUAUCUCCUAAAAAUUUUUUAUCUGUUCGGAUUUCCUAGCUGAAAGUCUAGUGAUCCGAAAAUUAUAGGGAUCAAUACUUACCUUUUCGAAAAUUUCAGGUAGAAAAAAGGCUCCCGAAAAGUCUAGGCGACCCGUUAAAAAUGGGCAAUUAUACCAUUUUUUAGAUGUUCGAAAAUCCUAGGAGAGGCAGGCAAGCAAGAAAUUUUGCAAAAAAUGUUCCGAAAAUUCUAGAUCUCAAAUCGACUUCCGAACAGAUAUUUUCCGAAAAUUGACGUUGGGUAGCCCUGAUUAAUUACCCUCUUAACCCUUAAAGAAAACAGUAAAAUUAUUAUAAGGUGUGGGAAAACUAGCAAGGGUUAAACUACAGUCUUGAAAAACGUUUUUUGCAUAGUAGGGUAUUUUCAGUUAAUUAUUCCCCUCCUACACCUACUUAGAUCUUCAAAUGAGUCAGUCCCUUUUCUGGCGGAUCCCCAGUAACAAAACUCUCGCAAGCCUCCACCUCACCACACAAUCCUGGCCUUUUAGUUGGUCGCUCACCGCUAGGUAUACUAAAAAAAAUCUUGUGCGAAGAAACGUCUCUUGACAGGCGAGUUCAUUUUUAAGGUAACGCCUGGCUGGUUUCCCUUUCUAGGUAACAGAGAUGCGGCGAUAACAGUGAUCAGAGAGGCUAAAAGCCACAUUCCUAACGAGCCGUCAGUUCAUUUCAACCUUGCUAACAUGCUCGGACAGAAAGAUGAGUUUGUGGUAAGUGAUUCGCUACAGAAUUACACUAGGAUCAGACAAUUCAAAGACGCCGGUGAAGUGAAUUUUAGGUCUGGUUCUGUGUUCCCCGUAGAGGCUUCCACCGGUAUUUCAAGAAUAAAAUAAACAGGACAUGGGUAUAAUGGGAGGAGAAAAUAGGCGGGAAAUCGUCCCCCGCGCGCUUUCUUCCCCCGGGGAGGUCAAGUGGAGAGAGAAAAAGGAAAGAGAGGGGAGGGUGGAGACCAUAGGUUGGCAUCUGGUUAGAUCGCUGAUUAUUGACUGCUGCACACGAUGAAUGAUGGACACAUAUGUCUAUUUCUCAAUGUUCUCCCCAUAAAACUCUCCAAGGAAUCGAUUCUCUUUUUUUCAACAUGUCAAGGAAUAUUAAAUUGCAUUUAGUCAGUAUAGCCUGCGUCGCGGAUGUGAUCUAACCCCAGUUAGUAACCAGACUUAACCAGAGUUAAGUUAGACUGUUCACAGUCCCCUAUUUUCCCGUGAGAUCGUAGAGAUAUAGCGCGUCUUACAAUUAAUGGCGGCCAUCUUGAUUUGCAAAUGUACCGAGGGGGCGGGCGUCAGGGAUUAUAGCUCUUCCUCCCAAACCACCCCCGCCUGCUAAGUUGUUUUAACACUCAUGCAAGAUGGCAGCCCGUAACGCAAAGCGCUCGAUCUCGACAAUCUUACGGGAAAAUAGUGGACUGUGAACAGUCUAGAGUUACGUUUCGUCUGUGGCGCAGGGUAAAGUUAGGAACGCGAAACCCAAAGCGUAUUCAAGUUCGCUCAUCCUGUUAGCCUGCAUUUCUUUGCAUACUUGACGAAUAUUUAAUGAGUGAAAUUAAAGUAAAGUUGAAUAAAUAUUUGUUCUUUUGUAGGAGGCUGAGAAACACUUCCUAAUAGCUUUGAAGCUAAAACCUAAUUCUGCGGAAAUUUAUGGAAAUCUUGGUAAGAAUUCCUCGAACUUCCUAAUAGCUUUGAAGCUAAAACCUAAUUCUGCGGAAAUUUAUGGAAAUCUUGGUAAGAAUUCCUCGAUUUGUUACUCUUUCUGGUUAUUUUGCUGUAAAAAUGGUUCUAACUGGGGAUGAAAUCCUACAAUGUGACGUGACCAUUCAGAUAAAAGCUACUGAGCAGUUCUUUGCAGUCGGUGUCUUUAUUAUGAUGUUCAAGAUAAUACUAACUUCUGAGUCUCAGAGUUAAAUCCUAAAGUGUGACCAUUCAAAUGAAGUUUCUGAGCUUUGUUUUCCUGUUGUAGUGUUUAUUAUGCUUUAUUAUAUAGACACGAGUGUUUUACUGGAAAAUAUACCACUCGUGAAAUUCAUAAAAACUACAUUGGGACCCGAGUGGUUUAUUUUCCAUAAUCUCACACGUGAGGUUAUCGAUGACCUAAUUUUGAUAAUUUCCCUCUAUUAUUUUAUCGAUGUCAUUUUGUCUAUAUUAUAAUAAAAAGAACAUUACACGGCGGCUUGAAGGUAUGAAUUUUAUUUUCUCGUGGCCAAAACAAUAUUUUACUCACUCGCUGCGCUCGUUCGUAAAAUAUCGUUUUGCCACUAAAAUAAAAAAAAAAAUUCAUAUCUUCGUGCCACCGUGUAAUAUCCUCCAUGUAUAGGUCGAUUUAACCUGCGAUAAGGCGGUCCUUCUUUUUUUUACUUUUACCUGUCCACCGAAUUUCGUGCUUCCCCGAAAAAAAGGAGGCCUGAUCGAAGCUUAAGGUCGAUUAUAAAGUGUAACCAUUGAAGCAAACGCUUCUGAGCAUGUUCUUUACUGGACAAAGUUUAUUAUGCUUUUCAAGUAGUUUAAAGUAAUAACUAAUAGUAAUUAAAAAGCUAGUUGUACCGUUCGGAUUAUCUAUUGUUGCUUUUAAGUAACUUGCAUCUGUGCCUAAACGCAGUCUCAAAUUAAUUCUAAGAUGUAACGCUAUCGCUUUUGUUUACUUGACAGGAGUAUUAUAUCACAGGUGGGGGAAACACGAGCAAGCCGGUAUAUACUACAGAAAGGCUCUGAAGCUGGAUCCGCGAAGUGAAAAUGUCCACGAGAACUUAAAAAAGCUAAAAAGAACUACACGGCAGGUCUCCAGUGACAGGCCAAAAUAGAGAGUAAAAAUGAUGGAAAUAUUUUUACGACGAUGUAUAUAGUUUUAAUAAUAAUUAAUAAUAAGAAGAAAAGCCGGGAGGAACAAACAAGUUACAUUGUACGAAAAAGAAACGUUGUAAAAAGAAACAUUCGAUACUUUUCGAUUGAAUAAGCACUUUUAAUCCUGUUAUUUUUUAAGGUUUACAUUAGGGUGGAUAUUUAAAUUUUUUCCUCAGCGCGUUUGCUCCAUACCUAAUAUUUUUUGGCAUAAAGUGCUAUUUUAUUUAAGUGCUUUUUCGAAUAAAUUGAAGUAAACAAGUUGCUAAGGCGCGAAGCGUUUUCAGCGAUAAGAAGCUCGUUAUUUUG